GAUCCCAAUAGUAUUGUGGUGCGGCUGACCGCGGACUGCCGUUGCUUCGGUGUUCUGGAAACAGCUCUGGAGUAAGCAGGGCGAUGCUAAGGUGCUCCUUCCUAGUUCCUAGAUUGAGAGUAGCUUGUUGCUGCAAGAUGAGUACAACUCCCGGACCAUUGUGUCCAAAAUUUGUUCCGGUUGAGCAGAGGGAAGUCACUUCUAUCAUUAAACCUGCGGGCUUCAAAUUCAGCCUGGUAUCCUACAAUAUAUUGGCCCAGGUAUACGUAAAAAGCUCCUACUUUCCACACUCCCCUUCACGCUGUCUCAGGUGGAAGGCUCGAUCGCAGGCCAUUCUAAAUGUUCUUAAGGGCCUGGAGGCUGAUUUUCUUUGUCUGCAGGAAGUAGAUGAGUUUGAUUAUUUCUAUAAAAAGAACAUGGAGCAACUUGGCUAUGCAAGUAUCUACGUUCAAAGAAGUGGUAAAAAACAAGAUGGAUGCGCAAUCUUCUAUAAACAGAACAAUGCAGAGUUGGUCUUAGAAGAGACAAUAGACUACAAUGAUCUGGUGGACAUUGUAAAAGAUGGGAAAAGUGCAUCCACAGAUACCCAUGAGAAGUUACUUGUUAAUGGAAAUAAUGAUAAUUCCGGUGUAGACCCGAAAUGCGAUCAAGCAGAACGUGGAGAUCCAAAUGAUCCUCUUGUGAGAUUGAAGCGUGACUGUGUAGGAAUUAUGGCUGCCUUUAGACUCAGAGACCCUUCUUGUCAUCAUGUUAUUAUUGCAAACACUCAUCUAUACUGGGAUCCCGAGUGGAUUGAUGUAAAAAUAGCACAGGCUAAAUACUUGCUUUCUCGUCUAGACAAAUUCAAGGACCUAGUGUCAGAAAAAUUCGAUUGCUCACCUCCAAUAAUUGUUGCUGGCGACUUCAAUUCAGUUCCUGGAGAUAAGGUGUAUCAAUACAUUGUCUCAGGCACCAGUUCAACCGAGCCAGAAGCAACAGAAGAUCUUCCAACGCCAUUGUCGAGUGUCUAUAAGCUCAUCGGGGGAGAACCUGAGUUCACAAACUGCACGCCUGGCUUCACCGGUACCCUCGACUAUAUCUUCUUCUCCCCAUCUGGAGACAUAAAACCGGUUAGUUAUCUUCAGCUUCCGGGCUUGGAAUCCCCUGAGGUGAGUGGUGGAUUGCCCAAUUAUGUCCAUCCUAGCGAUCAUCUCCCCAUUGGGGCUGAAUUUGAUGUUGAGCCAUAGAAUUUUAUUCAUUCUAUGGGUCUGCCUUAGCUAAGGUUAAGUUAUAAAAAGGCAUAUGAUUUGCCUAGAUAUUAGUUUUUUCUUGUAUUGGUUGUUUAUUUACUGUGAUUUUUUAAUUAUUGGGAUGUUAUUUGAUGUGGAAGUUUACACGAAUAAGUUGAGAUCCAGCAGAAUUUAUUACAUCUUCUGUUAUAAAA